AUGACUCAUGAAGCAGAUAUGGACAUGAGGCUUGAUUCACAAGUCAUCCCCAAGAGAGCUAGUUUUAAGUACCCUGGGUCAAUAAUCCAUGAUAAUGGGGAGAUUGAUGAUGAUGUCAUACAUCGUAUUGGAACAGGGUGGAUGAAAUGGAAGUUAGCACUGAGUGUGUUAUGUGACAAGAAUAUACCUCUGCGACUUAACGGUAAGUUCUACAGAGUGGUGAUUAGACCAACUACAUUGUAUGUGGCAGAGUGUUGGCCUGUCAAGAAAUCUCACUUCCAGAAGAUGAAAGUGGUAGAAAUGAGAAUGUUGAAAUGGAUGUAUAGGCAUACAAGGAGAGAUAAGAUUAGGAAUGAAGAUAUUAGGGACAUGGUAGGAGUGGUCUCUGUGCAUGACAAGAUACGAGAAGUGAGGUUAAGAUGGUUCAGACAUGUGAAUAGAAGGGACACAACUGCCUUAGUGAGGAGAUGCGAGAGGUUGGCUGUGGGGGAUAUGCGAAGAGGUAGAGGUAAGCCAAAGAAGUCGUAG